AUGGGCUCGCGGCUGAGCACUGCCUUGACCGCCGUUUUCACGGUCGAAGAUGCGCAAGAAGAUCCUCGAGAUCCCGAAGUCUUCCCAGUGCAGAUUUUGACCCCUGCUGGCGAUGUGGUUUUCGAGGAGCAGGUGCGGGGAAGCAGAACCGUGAAAUCCGUGCUGGAGUCCAUCCGUGCAGGACCUGGUAAAUUGUCGCUGCUACAUGGUGGCAGAAAGGUUCUCCCGAGCGCGAAGAUUUCAGACCUCAAGCUUGCCAAGGAUGAUUUUCUCUGCCUUGUCAAAAGAGCCACUGGCAACUACACUUCGUGGGAGGAAGACGGCAUAUUGGAGGUUUAUUGCGAUUGCAUGGUGAAGUGUGUUCUUUUGGGAGCCGCACGUGCUGGAAAAACUUCGUGGUUACAGGCCGUGUGCCGGGAAGACAUCGGCGACGCCUACAGAGCGACACUCGGCGUAGACUUCAAGCUAAAACGCUUGAAGUCCGAGGAAGGAACGAAGAUCAAGCUACAGCUUUGGGAUGUUGCUGGUGAGCUGCGCUUUCGCCCAAACCUGUCGGUUUGCAUAAAGGGAGCCUCAGGAAUCCUGGGGUUCUUCUCCCUGGCACAAAGAGAUACCAUGACAGAAGUUAUACGGAUGUUGGAUGAAAUGGUGGCCAAGCACGGGGAGUGCUGCCGGUGUAUUUGCUUAGUAGCCACGCAUGCGGAUGUUCCAGAUCCUGCAGUGACAGAAGAAGAAGCCGAACAAAUUGCAACAGAGAAGGGAUGGCCCUUCUUUGCAGUGUCGACCAGAUCCGAAUUUGAACGCAUUGACGAACCACUUUUUGCAUGGCUCGACCUGGUCGCAGACGACAUGGCUAGAGACCCGUGGCCUUAA